AUGGUCUUGGAGCGUCGUCGAACCAUUAUCUGCAAGAGCAGCAGCGACUUGCCCAAAACCAAGACACCUCACGAAUCCAGGCCCCGGUCGAAACGUGUGCACCAUAGUCGACCAACGCCGACAAGGCAGAAUCAGCAUGACUUUGACCGUGAUGAAGACGUUGUUCAAGCCGACCUCAUCGAGAUCUCGCUGGUCAGAGAUCCCGUACCAGUUCGCGAUGAUAGCGACUCUAUCAGCGACACUACAGAGCUUGUCGAGAAGCUCAUUGAAAGUGCAAGGGGCGGCAACCUUCUCACUUUUCAGCGACUGUGCACCCGGAUGAUGCAAUGUCACCUUCGACUCGAUGCGCCAGGAUACAUGGGGUGGACUGCCGCGCACUGGGCAGCCCGCGAAGGACACGUCCACUUACUGGAACAUCUGACGAUGCUGCACGCGAACUUGGACGCCGUGGACUGGAAGGGAGACACUCUUCUGCAUAAAGCCGCUGCAAAUGGCCAACCUGCUGCCUGUGAGUGGCUGAUCGAGCGUGGAUUUAGCGCCAAGUUGCGGAACAACAACAACCUUACGCCGUUAGACCUCGCUCAGGAACAUAUCGCCAUCUCCAGACGCAGCAACGCCGCUUUGCUAUGCGAGAAAAUGUUAUCCACCGAAUACUCUGAACAUAGUAAAUAG